GCUAAAAAUAGACGUUUCCACGAACCAUUUCCAUUUCGUUACAGGAAAGCUCCUGGUUUGACUGGAUAAACAAAUUGUUUGGGAUUCAUAUUUACACUGUAAAAUUAUGAACUUGUGCUCACUGCUAACAAUGACAGGAAGAAAGAAGCAUAUUAUAAUCACUGUUUAAUCGUUUAGGUUUGACGAAUCGAAACAAGGGAUUUCUGACUCGGCCUACAAACACGUAGGCCUAUCUGGGUCAAGUAUAUUAACGCCAGUCUUCUAAAAUGACUCCGGCGACUCGAGAAGCGACUGAUUUUCGUGCCUUUCUAAUGGAAAUAUCCCAUGAAUUGUCGACUCAAAACGUAGAAGAGUUAAAAUAUCUUGUCUCUGGUGUCGUUCCAAAGUCAAGACUGGAGGGAGUAGACCAGGGGUAUCAUAUAUUUUCUCUGUUAGAAGAAGGGGCACAUAUAUGUGACGAAGAUCUGACUUACCUACAGUAUUUAAUGCAGUCUCUUCACAGACACGAUCUGUAUAUCAGGAUCAGAGAUUUUUCGACCAAAGUCUCUUCUAUCGACGAACAAAUCCAGUCCAAUUAUUCACAAAGUGGACAAGGUCUUAGCAUUUGCAGAGAGACCGAGUUCUCGUCCCAAGAAAUGAAAAAACCUGCCGAAUACUCCUGGGUUGACCCAAAACUACAAGGAUCGGAAUCGUUGCAACCUAACACUCAAAGGACAGACUCAAAUCAGCCACUAGAAAUUAUCUUAGGUUCGGUCGCUCUCACUGAAAUGAAAUCCUCACCGGAGCCUCGAGAAACAGAAGUAAUUGACGAUACAAAUACUAAAAGUUUAGGCUUGGAUUUAGAAACAGAUGCGCCGCCAACAGUGAAUAAAACACUCGAAACUGCACUAUCGGAAGAACCACAAAUAAAGCCUGAACUUCUGAGGCAAAGAAAUGUCGGAUCCAUACUUGAAAAACCAAAGAGUCCCUUAACUCGAGUGACAUCAAACCCAAUUCGAAUCCAGUUUAAAAAGAAAGACAAAAAUUAUAAAGAGUGUGAUGGGUAUAGACUAGGCAUAGUUGGGGGUCAGCAUUAUGAGGUAGAAGACGGACAAGAAUAUGUAGAACUUCAGAGUGGCCAAAAGUUUCAAAUAAUGCUCCAGAAUACCAACAAAGUGAAAUGUAAUGUUGAUGUGUAUGUUGAUGGAAAACAAGUUAUUCUUGCGCAGCUAGAGGAAAAUGAAAAAUCGGAGUUUGACUGCCCAACCUACAAGGAGGAAACGGAGAGAAAACAUUUUGUGUUCUAUCGAGUUGCUGAAGCACCUGCUGAGUCUGGCAUUCGAUCAACGUUGGAGUCGGGAGUAGUUGAAGCUCAAUUUUUGCCGGCAAUACAGUCUAUACAUGCAAAAGAACAUGCAUCAAGAGGUGCGUUUCGAGGCUACGAUCCCAAGGCCGAGUCGUCAGACAGUGAGGAGUCGGACAGUGAUUCAGACGAGUCGGACAGCUCGAGUGAUGACGUAAGCAGAGGCUGGAGUGCAGGCGGAGUGGCAUUACAAGGGCCUAGUCAUGCUAAAUUUUCUGCCGCCGAAGAUCUGGUAGUAGACGAAAAACAGAAGACCACACUGAUGGUGAAACUCGUUGGCAAAGAUGACGAUCACCUGUCCGCACCUCCAGCAGAACCAUGUUAUCCACUACACAGCUGACAGGCUAAAACAGAAAUGCUAAAAUGACAUGGCGCAAGAUACGGAGUGGUGAUAGAUGAUUGUGACACCAUUUUAGAGCCAGUGCUAUCUACAUUACAUUACAUUACAUUACAUUACUUGCAAAUAUGAGAAUUACGAAAGAUAAUACUCAUUUUUUUGUAUCUACUAUAAGUAAAAUUAUCAGGUUGUAAGUGGACUAACGAUGCAGGACUGGGAACCUGUUUAGUUUUGUUUUUGUUUUUCCAUAAAAAACAUUUACAUAUUGAUGAAGGACUGUAACAUUUAGAGGAAGUCUGCGACAUUUUGCACGGCACAGCAGCUGUUUCGUCAUACAUACAUAAUAUUGUGGAACAUUUCUAUAUAAUUGCAUGAGGGUUGUUGUAUUGAUCGUUUCGAUCUCACAUCAGUCAUCUGUACCCUGAGGGUUGCCACAGUCUCGAUGAAAGUUUAAACGGUGACAUUUGGAAGUCGCUGUUCAAAUCGUUUUUCAUGUAUGCAAUGAUGUUCGUGAUUACACGGGCUUUUCUGUUAUUAUUUGAAUUGGUAUGUCACAUUUUAACACUAAAAGAGAACGCCAGGCGAGUUUGUUUUCUGCAAACCCCGAGUUCUUGAGAUUGCGAAAAUGAAAUGCACGAAACUCCAACUGUUUCAUUUAAGUUUUUCCUGUAUUAUACUUUGAGUUGUCAUUAACGCCCUGUUGAUGACAUUUUGUCGUUCCCACAUCUGUGUCUACCAUUAUCUUUUGAAGCACGAAAUAUAUCAAUUAAAUCCAUAUGGUACACACUGUAUACGAAACUGAAUGUUUUCUUUGGUCUGUGUCCAACCUGUUGGCUUUUUGUGUAUUUGCAAUUUUUGCACGAUGUCUAAAGGAGAUAUAUGACAAGAAACGUAGAGACAGAAUGGUUAGCUCAUUAUUAUUGGUGUACUUUUAUAAGGAAAUGAUAUACAAAGUGAACUGAUAAAGCCAUUAAUGGAUCCCUUGCGUUUUAUGCUGGUGCACGCUAUCUCAACAGCAAAGGAUUAUUAUAGAAAAGUUAUUUGCAAGUUUGUAGAUGGACAAAUAUUAUAAGAUGAACGUAG